AUGCCCUUCCUCACCCCCAACUCACUCGCCUCCCUCCUCGAAUCGGCCUUGUCGACUCACUCCUCCAUCACCGGCCGAGCCGUCCAUGCCCACAUCAUCAAAACCCUCUUGACCCCCUUCCCUUCCUUCCUCUCCAACCACCUCGUCAACAUGUACUCCAAACUCGACCUACCCAACUCAGCCCAACUCGUCCUCUCACUCACCCCCAACCCCUCCGUCGUCACCUGGACUUCCCUCAUCUCCGGCGCCGCCCAGAACGGCCACUUCUCCCCCGCCCUCCUCCACUUCUCUAACAUGCGCCGCCAGGGCGUACAACCCAAUGACUUCACCUUCCCUUGUUCUUUCAAGGCCUCUGCUUCGCUUCAAUCGCCGAUCACCGGAAAACAACUCCAUGGGUUAGCGGUUAAACUCGGCCAAAUCCACGAUAUCUUUGUUGGCUGUAGUGUGUUUGAUAUGUAUUGUAAAACGGGUCUUAGAGAGAAUGCUUGUAAGGUGUUUGAUGAAAUGCCUGAGAGAAAUGUUGUGAUUUGGAAUGCGUAUAUUUCGAACUCGGUGCUUGACGGGCAGCCGAAGGGUGCUGUUUCGGCGUUUAUUGAGUUUCGGCGUGUUGGUGGGGAGCCUAAUUCGAUUACUUUUUGUGGGUUUCUCAAUGCGUGCUCGGACACUUUGGAUUUGAAGCUGGGGCGGCAGUUACACGGGUUUGUGAUUCGAUAUGGAUACGAGGCAGAUGUCUCGGUUGCAAAUGGCAUGAUUGAUUUUUAUGGGAAAUGUCGAGAGAUUACUUCCUCUGAGUCGAUUUUUGCUGGGAUUCAUUAUCGUAAUGAUGUUUCGUGGUGUUCGAUGGUGGCUGCAUAUGAGCAGAAUCAUGAGCAAGAGAGGGCCUGUUUGGUGUUCUUGCGAGCAAGGAAAGAAAGCGUUGAGCCAACGGAUUUUAUGGUUUCUAGCGUUCUGAGUGCUUGUGCUGAGCUUGCAGGCCUUGAAUUGGGCAGGUCACUGCACGCACUUGCUGUGAAGGCGUGCAUUGAAAAGAAUGUGUUUGUGGCUAGUGCACUUGUUGACAUGUAUGGAAAAUGUGGAAGUAUAGAGGAUUGUGAGAGAGCAUUUCAUGAGACGCCCGAGAGGAAUUUGGUUACUUGGAAUGCACUGCUUGGUGGGUAUGCUCACCAUGGGCAUGCUGACUUGGCACUUGAGUUGUUCCGAGAAAUGACAUGUGAGGUGGUACCUAAUUAUGUGACACUCGUAUGCAUAUUAUCAACAUGUAGUAGAGCUGGGGAAGUGAAAGUGGGAAUGGAGAUUUUUGAGUCGAUGAGAGGGAGGUAUGGGAUUGAACCAGGGGUCGAGCAUUAUGCUUGUGUCGUGGACAUGCUUGCACGAGCAGGGAAGGUAGAGAAAGCAUAUGAGUUUAUAAAGGGAAUGCCUAUUCAUCCUACUGUUUCAGUUUGGGGGGCGCUUCUUGGGGCUUGUAGAGUUUACGGGAAGCCAGAAUUGGGGAUGGUUGCAGCUGAAAAUUUAUUUGAACUUGAUCCACAAGACUCUGGCAACCAUGUACUGCUUUCAAAUAUGUUUGCAGCUGCUGGCAGGUGGGAAGAAGCGAACCUUGUGAGAAAGGAGAUGAAGGAUGUUGGCAUCAAGAAAGGCGCGGGAUGCAGUUGGAUCUCUGUGAAAAAUGCAGUCCACGUGUUCCAAGCAAAAGACACCUUUCAUGAAAGAAACUCUGAGAUUCAAGCAAUGCUAGCUAAGCUUAAGAGCGAGAUGAAAGCAGCCGGAUACAUACCCGACACCAAAUUAGCUUUGUAUGAUUUAGAAGAAGAAGAGAAGGAAACAGAAGUUUGGUACCAUAGUGAGAAGAUUGCCCUUGCCUUCGGACUAAUUUCCAUCCCUCCCGGAGUCCCUAUUAGGAUUACAAAAAAUCUUAGGGUUUGUGUAGAUUGUCAUAGUGCAAUUAAGUUCAUCUCUGGCAUUGUUGGCAGAGAAAUUAUUGUGAGGGAUAACAACCGGUUUCAUCGGUUUAGGGAGAAUAAAUGUUCUUGUGGAGAUUAUUGGUGAUUAUUUGAAAAUCUUUCGCUUCUUUCACA